GGCCCGGCCCGGCCCAGCGCGGCCCGGCCCGGCGCCCCCUCCCCGCUCCUCGCUGCGGUCCCCCGCUGCCACCGCUCUCCUGCCGACCCCCCUCCCCCUUGCCCGGCCUCCCCUCCCCCACGCCUCUCUCCUUCACCACCACCUCCGCCUCCUCAUCCUCCUCCUCCUCUGCCACUUUCUCUCUCUCUCCCAGGACGCGUCGGAUGAUCCGGGGCCGCUGGGGAAGGGCUCCGGGCAGCAGCAGGGAGGCUGCGUCCUCCUCCCGUCUCUGGCUGUGGGAAAAAAAAAAAAAAAAAAAAAAAAAAAAAAAAAAAAAAAAAAAAAGCCGGUGGCCUCGGUGUUAUUUUGUAUUAAAAUGAGGAGGAGGAAGAAGAAGCAGCGGCAGCAGCGGCAGCGAGCGGUAGCGGAGAGGAGGAGAGGAGGCUGUGAGCUGGGGACGGCGGCGGCAGCAGCAGGAGGAGGAGGAGUAGUGAUGAGUCAACUAAUAAUUUAAUGGGGACAGAAACAGAGAGGGAGAGAGAGAGGAGGGGGGGGGAGCAGAGCAGAGCGAGGCAGCUCCGUCCGGGGACACACACACACACAUACACACACACAUAUCCAUGUAACAUCCAGCAACAACCACCAAACCGGCCUAAAUAACAACCAUACCCAGCCAGCCAGGGGAAACGAGAAUUAAAAAAAAAAAGAAAAAAAAGAGACAAAAUACAAAGCCUACCAUUAUUAUUCUUUUUCAAUUGUUACUGGGUGGUUUGUUUUUUUUUUUUUGCUGGCUUGGUUUUUGUUGUUGUUGGCUUUUUGCAACCUUUGUGUUUUAUAUUUUUUACCCCUUCUUGCGAGUAACUCUUCUCGGAGUUCCCAGAUUUUUUUUUUUUUCUUUUCAGAAGCAGAACCAGUUUUUUGUUGUUGGUUUUCUUUUUUUCCUUUUUUUUUUCUUUUUUUUUUCCUGAUAGGAUCGGGUUUUUUAAAAAUUAUAAUUUUUCCCGGUGUUGGUCUCGGAGGGAGUGAAACCUCGUCACUUUUUUGUAGUGGUGGUGGUGUGCCUUGUUGUGUGUUUCCUUCCUCCCCUCUGUUCUUUUUCUCUCUCCCCUCCUCUCUCGCUCCCUCUCUCCCCCCGUCACUCGCACAACAGCCCCCGGUAAAUGAGAGGAGACAGGUCCUCUCUGCCUUUUUUUUUUUCUCUUUUUUUUUUUUUCUUCUUUCCCUCCCCGGACCGCAAAGGCGAGAUUAAAAGUGGCAUUUUAGUGCCUUUUCCUGCAAUUUUCUCUCCACUUUUUUUUUUUUUUUUUUUUUAUCUCCAGUAGCGAUCUCUGGGGCUGAGGUUUCCGCAGAAAGUUUGGGGGCUGUUACGGUGUAUAUUUUUGCGGAGGGGGAGGGGAGCGGGCUCCUUCUGUGUGUGCUGCUCCUCUGGGUGCCUAUUGGAGAAUAAUAGUGUAAGUGACAACCUAGAAGUAGACUUUCUGCUCUUCACACUGGAUAGAAAAGCUGCUUUUUUUUUUUUUUUGCUUUGCUUUUUUUUUUUUUUUUUUUCAAAUAACCCCUUUUCUCACUUGAUCCUUUAUGCAUUUGUUUUAUUUUUGAAAGGAUAGCUAGACUUAAAUCACCCUCCACCUUAAUUUAAACCUGCUGCUUAUUUUUAAAUUAUUAUUAUUAUUAAUUCCUCGUUUCGAGCGUUACACUUGUCUGAUCAAUUUGAUCUGCAGCUCUGUCUUCCGUUGCUAAACCUCGAAAACUGGCUCUCUCAAAAGAUAUUUAAUCUCUAUUUUUUUGUCCAUUGCCAUUUUUGCUCAUGGCUACUCUGUUUCUCGCUAUCUGUUUUUGCCCCUCCCCGCCUAGAGGAAAAUAGCAACAAGAAAAAAAAAAGAAAAAAAAUAAGAGAAUAUUAGGGGAAGUAGUCCUCAGGUCUGCUGCCCCCCCCCCUCCCGCCCCCCGUCAGAAAGGGGGGGACCUAAAAACAUCAGUCUUGAACUUCUUCCUCUUCAAGAGCUCGGGCUGCAAAGGAAACCUCCUUUGUUUUUGUUAUUUAUAUGCUGUCAAGUUUUGAAGUGGUCACAGGGAAAGCUUGGCCUGGAUUGUGAGAGCCAUAUGGAACGGAUAAGUGCGGAGCCUCUCUCAAAUGUGAUCUUUAGAGGCGGGACUGAGUAUGGAUCAUUUGAACGAGGCAACUCAGGGGAAAGAACAUUCAGAAAUGUCUAACAAUGUAAGCGAUCCGAAGGGUCCACCAGCCAAAAUUGCGCGCUUGGAACAGAAUGGGAGCCCAUUAGGAAGAGGAAGACUUGGAAGUACAGGAACUAAAAUGCAAGGAGUGCCUUUAAAACACUCUGGACACCUGAUGAAAACUAAUAUUAGAAAAGGAAGUAUGCUUCCAGUUUUCUGUGUAGUGGAACAUUAUGAAAAUGCCAUUGAGUACGAUUCUAAGGAGGAGCAUGCAGAAUUUGUGUUGGUGAGGAAGGAUAUGCUUUUCAACCAGCUGAUUGAAAUGGCAUUGCUAUCUCUUGGAUAUUCUCACAGCUCUGCUGCCCAAGCAAAAGGGCUUAUCCAGGUUGGGAAGUGGAAUCCAGUUCCACUCUCCUAUGUGACAGAUGCCCCUGAUGCUACAGUAGCAGACAUGCUGCAAGACGUGUAUCAUGUGGUCACACUGAAAAUCCAGUUACACAGUUGCCCUAAACUAGAAGACUUGCCUCCUGAACAAUGGUCUCACACAACAGUAAGAAAUGCUCUGAAGGACUUACUGAAGGAUAUGAACCAGAGUUCAUUGGCCAAGGAAUGUCCCCUUUCGCAGAGUAUGAUUUCUUCCAUUGUGAACAGCACUUACUAUGCAAAUGUCUCAGCAGCAAAAUGUCAGGAAUUUGGAAGGUGGUAUAAACAUUUCAAGAAGGCAAAAGAUAUGAUGGUUGAGAUGGAUAGCCUUUCUGAACUAUCCCAGCAAGGUGCCAACCAUGUCAACUUCGGUCAGCAGCCAGUCCCAGGGAACACAGCCGAACAGCCUCCAUCUCCUGUUCAGCUUUCUCAUGGUAGUCAACCAUCAGUUCGGACCCCACUUCCAAACCUGCACCCUGGACUUGUAUCUACUCCCAUUAGCCCUCAGCUGGUAAAUCAGCAGCUGGUAAUGGCCCAGUUGCUGAACCAGCAGUAUGCAGUGAACAGACUUCUAGCCCAGCAGUCCUUAAACCAACAGUACUUGAACCACCCUCCUCCUGUCAGUAGAUCCAUGAACAAGCCGUUGGAGCAGCAGGUCUCAACGAACACAGAGGUGUCUUCCGAAAUCUACCAGUGGGUCCGUGAUGAAUUGAAACGAGCAGGAAUCUCACAGGCAGUAUUUGCACGUGUGGCUUUUAACCGAACUCAGGGCUUGCUCUCAGAAAUCCUCCGAAAAGAAGAGGAUCCCAAGACUGCCUCUCAGUCCUUGCUGGUAAACCUUCGGGCUAUGCAGAACUUCUUGCAGCUGCCAGAAGCAGAACGAGAUCGAAUUUACCAGGACGAAAGGGAAAGGAGCUUGAACGCCGCCUCUGCCAUGGGCCCGGCGCCUCUCAUAAGCACACCGCCCAGCCGGCCUCCACAAGUCAAAACUGCUACUAUUGCUACAGAGAGGAAUGGAAAACCAGAAAACAAUUCCAUGAACAUUAAUGCUUCCAUUUAUGAUGAGAUUCAGCAGGAAAUGAAGAGAGCUAAGGUGUCCCAAGCACUGUUUGCGAAGGUUGCGGCAACCAAAAGCCAGGGGUGGCUCUGUGAGCUGUUACGUUGGAAAGAAGAUCCAUCACCAGAGAACAGGACCCUCUGGGAGAAUCUCUCCAUGAUCCGAAGGUUCCUCAGUCUUCCUCAGCCUGAACGCGAUGCCAUUUAUGAACAAGAAAGCAAUGCAGUUCAUCACCAUGGUGACAGGCCUUCCCACAUUAUCCAUGUGCCAGCAGAACAGAUUCAGAGCCCCUCUCCCACCACCCUUGGGAAAGGAGAGCAUAGAGGCGCUUUCCUACCAGGCCUGCUGACCGCUGGACCUUGGCUGGGUGCUGCUCCUCAGCAGCAGCAGCAGCAACAGCAACAACAGCAGCAGCAACAGCAACAACAGCCAGGUCCCAGACUACCCCCAAGGCAACCAACAGUAGCAUCACCAGCUGAAUCUGAGGAUGAAAAUCGUCAGAAACCCCGACCACGAACAAAGAUUUCUGUUGAGGCCCUAGGGAUCCUACAGAGUUUCAUACAAGAUGUAGGCCUGUAUCCAGAUGAAGAAGCAAUCCAGACUCUCUCCGCUCAGCUUGACCUGCCCAAGUACACCAUUAUCAAGUUCUUUCAGAACCAGCGAUAUUAUCUCAAGCACCAUGGGAAGCUGAAGGACAAUUCUGGUUUGGAGGUGGAUGUUGCAGAAUACAAGGAAGAAGAGCUGCUCAAGGAUUUAGAAGACAGCAUCCAAGACAAAAAUGCAAACACGCUUUUUUCAGUUAAACUAGAAGAAGAGUUAUCAGUAGAAGGGAACACAGAGAUUAAUGCUGAAUUGAAAGACUGAUCUAAAAGUAUUAUUUUCUUUCAACAGUGCCGCUGGUAUUUACUAAUGAAAUGAAAAUUCCAUCUUGCGUUGUGUCAAAAACCCUUAUUAUUCAUUGUUUGGCCAAUGAAUCUUCCAAAACUUGCACAAAAGUUGAAAAAAAGGAUAAUGCAGACUGCACUAGAUGUUUUACUCUGUUUUACAAACUGCUUCGCAGCAACAGAUGAAGCGUUGAGGAUUGUUUGAUAUUAAUUUGUGUUCACUGGAUACACUGUGAGUGUACCCAAUAAGCAUGAUACCAGUGAUUUUGAUUCUGGAGCCUUCAGACAAGCAUUACAACUUUUGUGAUUUACUGUUUUUUCGUUUCUGUUUUGUUCUUGUUUUUUAAUUAUUACUGUAGCACUCCACACUUGAUCUUUGAAAAAUCACAUUUAUUUAAAAAAAUAAAAUAAAAAGAGUUUGUUACUCUUGUUCUAUUGUAUGUUACAAAAGAACUAUAGACUGUGGAAUGCAGUUUAAAGAUAACAUAUGCCAACAAAUGCCUUGUAUUAUAUGGCACUGCCGUAAUUCAGAUUUGUUUUCUUUUGGAAAUAAAGGUCACUGUAUUUUUUUUUCCAUUCUCAUUGUUACAUGGUUUUAGAGAAAAUGAAAAAGAAAAUGUGAAACACAAUUUAGUCCUCAUUAUUUAUUUGUAGAUCCUGCAGCAUCAUGUUGUAAUUAAUUUUUUUGGAAGUUUCCGUUAAAUGUAAUAUUGCUUCUCUUGUUACCAUACUGAUUUUUUUUUUUCUAUUUAUAAAUGUAUUUUGAUGGGCAGUAAAACAAAGUGUCUUAAAAGUUUUAAAUAGAGAAAAUGUGCUUUACACAGUUGCCUAUAAAAAGUGCUCUAUGUUAUCCAAGCAAUUCAUACUAUAAGCUUCACUCUUAUUGUUGUAUGCAAUUUUUACUAUCAUGCAAAUAAGCUUAGGUAAAUAAAACUAAUAGAUCACCUUAGAAACUUAUGCAAUUAAUGUGAAAAUAAUUGAUGUUUGCAAUGUGUCUUCCUUUGGUUUACAAUCAAUUUUAAAGCUACAGCUGUAUAAAUUUUCUGUAUAAAGGUGUAUUUCUUUUUUAUGAGUUUAUUGCUAUGAAAACACCAGUUAUUUUGUUACAGCUGGCUGUUUUUAUAAGUGUAUCACAAUUUUCUUUAUGCAGAAAUGUUCUGACUAGGAGUGGUUAUUGACUGUAACUACACAAUUAAAAUUGUUUGUAUGGUAUGA